GUACAUAAAAUAAAUAAGCCGAAGGGGGUCUGGUUACAGUAUUCGUGGAUGCAUUUUUCUUCGUCGACCAACCAGCAUUCGCCACUUGGGCCGAGCUCGCCGUCCGACGCCGUCCGCCGUCGUCACCCCUGCGUGGUUGUUGCCGAGCAAGUAUUGGAGAAGGUCUGAACCCUAGGGCUUUUGCCUCCUUUCAAAAAUCGGUAUUUGUGAUGCAGAUCUGGUAAAUGACUUGGCUUGGGUUGUGUCUGACAAUUUACAAGCUUCGGUUUAAAUUGUCGUUCUUCAUUGGCUUGGACGAGUUGCCUGAAUCAAUUGGCUUACUAAGGCAUCUUCGUCGAAGCAUCUGCAACAAAAAUUAAAGGGGUAUCAUAUCGACUAUGCAUAUUCCAAAGAUUUCAGUGGGGGCAGAUGCCCCCACUGAGUGUGAUAUAGGUCUGCCUAUGGAUGUGCGUGAUUUGAGGCAGCCCCAAUUUCUUCUGCAGAGAGAAAAUGCGGGUGCCAGUUUCUCUAAGGCAAAGGCAGUUCAAGGGGGAAGCCCAUCUGCUCGCAUGAAAUGGGUCCGAGUGAUCACACUUUCAUUCUGCAUCAUAUUCUUUCUUUUUCUAAUUUACUUGAUAUCCAUGCUUAUAUAUUCUUAUUGGAAUCAAGGAUCAGGUAAAUAUUAUGUUGUACUUGACUGUGGGAGUACUGGCACCCGGAUUUAUGUAUAUCAGGCUUCAAUUGAACACAAGGAACAUAGCAAUCUUCCAAUCACUAUCAAAUCAUUUGGAGAUGGCCUGCGGAAGAAAUCUAACAGUGGACGUGCUUAUGAUCGAAUGGAAACUGAACCCGGGCUUGAUAAAUUGGUCCAUAACAAGUCUGGCUUGGAAGCAGCAUUAAAACCUCUCGUCAAGUGGGCAAAGAAGCAAAUACCAGAGCAUGCUCACAAGAGUACUUCUCUAUUCCUUUAUGCUACUGCUGGUGUCCGGAGGCUUCCAAGUGCUGACUCAAAAUGGCUGCUGGAUAAUGCAUUGUCUAUACUGAAGGGUUCUCCUUUCUUGUGCAAAAAGGAUUGGGUUAAGAUUAUUAGUGGCACUGAAGAAGCUUACUAUGGAUGGAUAGCCCUCAAUUAUCAUAGCGGCAUCUUGGGUGUUAGACCCAGACAAGCAACAUAUGGUGCACUUGACUUGGGUGGCUCAUCAUUACAGGUUACGUUUGAGAGUGAUCAACAACUGAAUAGUGAAACUAGCUUAUUUGUUAGGAUUGGAUCAGUAAACCAUCAUCUCACUGCAUAUUCUUUAGCAGGCUAUGGUCUGAACGAGGCAUUUUCCAAAUCUGUAGCUCAUCUUUAUAAGAAAAAGUUUGGAUCCACCAAUGCAGAUCUAGCUAAUAGGAAGUUAGAACUUAAACAUCCUUGCUUGCAAUCUGGUUACAAGGAGCAGUACAUCUGCUCUCAUUGUUCUUCCAAUAACAAUGAAAGCGAAAGCCCUUUGAUUAAUGGAAAGAAGUUGGGUAAAAAAGGAGAGUCAGGAAUCCCAGUGAUGCUUAUUGGUGCUCCAAAUUGGCAAGAAUGUAGUGCACUUGCAAAAAUUGUUGUCAAUUUGUCUGAAUGGUCCAAUCUCAGUCCAGGAAUUGAUUGUGAAGUGCAUCCUUGUGCCCUUAGUGAUAAUCUGCCUCGCCCAUACGGCCACUUUUAUGUGAUUUCUGGAUUUUUUGUGGUGUACCGAUUCUAUAACCUGACUUCUGAAGCCACACUCGAUGAUGUAUUGGAAAAGGGUAGGGAUUUCUGUGAAAAGAGAUGGGAGGUUGCAAAGAAAAGUGUUGCUCCGCAGCCUUUCAUUGAGCAGUAUUGCUUUAGGGCACCAUAUAUUACAUCCCUGCUCAGAGAGGGUUUGCAUAUCAUGGAUAACCACAUAACUGUUGGCUCUGGGUCUAUUACUUGGACACUAGGGGUUGCUUUGUUGGAAGCUGGGAAGGCUUUUUCCACUAGAUUUGGGCUUCGUGGUUUUGACUUAAUCCAGAUGAAGAUAAACCCUAUUAUUCUUAUUCCCAUUAUGUUACUUUCUUUGAUUCUCCUACUUUGCGCAUUAUCUUAUGUUGGUAGUGGGAUGCCAAGAUUUUUCCGGAGGUCAUCAUAUCUUCCCCUUUUCAGGCAUAACAGUGUGUCCAGUGCAUCUGUUCUUAAUAUCUCAUCUCCUUUCCGAUUUAGAAGGUGGAGUCCUAUCAAUUCUGGGGAUGGAAGAGUUAAGAUGCCACUUAGCCCAACAGUUGCGGGGGCACAGGAAAGACCAUUUGGCUUGGGGCCGAGCCUCGGUGAUGGCAGCACUGGCAUCCAACUUAUGGAAGCUUCCUUGUACCCUUCAGCCAGCAAUGUCUCACGUAGUUAUUCGUCAAAUAAUUUAGGGCAGAUGCAAUUUGACAGCGGUAAUAUGGGUGCCUUCUGGACUCCUCACAGAAGUCAGAUGCGUCUGCAGAGUAGGAGAUCACAAUCUCGAGAAGACCUUAUUUCCUCGAUGGCUGAGGCAGACGGCAGUAAUAUGGGUGCCUUCUGGUCUCCUCACAGAAGUCAGAUGCGUCUCCAGAGUAGGAGAUCGCAGUCUCGAGAAGACCUUAAUUCCUCAGUGGCUGAGACACACUUGGUGAAGGUUUAGAGCAUCAUCUUUAGGGAACUUUGGUAUGACCACACUAUAUCUUAUCUAAACUUACUCUUUUUCAUAGUAAAAUCCUUUUUUCUUCUUGAGUUUUGCUCCCUCAUUCAAAAUAGGCAUUCUUUUUGUAUCAUAAGAAUUGGUUAAAGGUAAUUAAUAGUUAGCCAAAUUAAUGCUCUCUUUCGUGAUUCUUCUUUCUAUAUUCUGCCAGAGUUGCUUAAAGUUCCUUACUAAAUAAAAUAUUCACUCUUCCCUUAA